AGAGAGAGAGAGAGAGGGGGAGAGAGAGAGAGAGGGGUGAUCUGGCUGGUGUCGCCGAGCUGCCCGCUCCUGUUGAGUGGAAGAGGAGGAAACAUGAGCUCCAGGAAAGUGAUGGCCAUCCAGGCCAGGAAGAGGAGGCCGAAGGGGAAGAAAGACAAGACGGCGCACCAUCGGAGGCCUGACACCCAGCAGAAAGCUCCGGCGUGUGCUCCUCCUCCCCCACCGCCUCCCCCACCCCCCCCUGAGCCGGCAGGGCCCCCGGAGCCGGAGGAGGAGAUCCUGGGCUCCGACGAUGAGGAGCAGGAGGACCCCGCGGACUACUGCAAAGGAGGGUACCAUCCGGUAAAGAUAGGGGACCUUUUCAACGGGAGAUACCAUGUGAUCAGGAAGUUGGGUUGGGGCCACUUCUCCACCGUAUGGCUGUGCUGGGACAUACAGGUAAAGAACUUUGUGGCGAUGAAGGUGGUGAAGAGCGCCCAGCACUACACGGAGACGGCCCUGGAUGAGAUCAAGCUGCUACGAUGUGUGAGGGAGAGUGACCCCGGUGACCCCAACAAGGACAUGGUGGUUCAGCUGAUAGACGACUUCAAGAUCUCUGGAGUCAAUGGCAUACAUGUAUGUAUGGUGUUUGAGGUGCUGGGACAUCACCUGCUCAAGUGGAUCAUAAAAUCCAACUACCAAGGCCUGCCGCUUCCCUGUGUUAAGAGUAUUAUCAGACAGGUUUUGCAGGGUCUGGAUUACCUCCACAAGAAGUGUAAGAUCAUCCACACGGAUAUCAAGCCAGAGAACAUCCUGAUGUGUGUGGACGACGCCUUCGUCCGGCGGAUGGCUGUGGAGGCCACCGAGUGGCAGAAGGCUGGAGCCCCUCCUCCCUCAGGAUCAGCAGUCAGCACAGCCCCCCAGCUCAAACCGGUGGGGAAGAUCUCCAAGAACAAGAAGAAAAAGCUGAAGAAGAAACAGAAGCGGCAGGCGGAGCUGCUGGAGAGGAGGAUGCUGGAGAUCGAGGCUCUGGAGAGGGAGGCCGAGAAGAGGGAGGAGAGGGUCAAAACAGGAGAGGGAGAGGAGGAGGAAGAUGAAGAUGAAGGGGAAGAGGAGGAGAGACAGGAAGGAGAGACCAGGCAGGUACACGCCCACACCAACCCGGCACCGCCUCCUCUGGGCCCCGCCAUGGCCCUGGGGGAGAGCGAUGAGGAAGAGGAAGAUGAGGAAGAUGCAGAGGAGGAAGAGGAAGACGAGGAUGGAGGCGAGACAGAAAGGCCCACUAGGUUAACAAAUCACACAUGCGCGGCGCCUCCUCAGGAGCAGAGCGAUGCACCGCACACAGCAGAAGAAGACCCCGAAGAUGAAGAGGAGGAGGAGGAGGAGGAGGACGAUGACGAGCUGACGCCCACUGCUGACAAAGACCCGGUCAUCCUUCCCGAUACCUCGGAGGAUGGCAACAGAGAGGCAGUGCAAGAGGAGGCGCAGGAAGACUGUGGAGAGGAGAGGCAGGAGGAAAGAGGGGAAAGUGAGGCGCAGGAGGAAAACGAGGAGGAUGAGGAGAAGCAAGAGGAGGAAGAGAAAGAAGCCGAGGGAGAGGAGAACGAGGCAGAGGAGACGAAGAGCGAGCAGAGCAGAGCGGAGGACGAAGACGAGACGCUGGGGGAGGUAGAAGAGUCAAAGGAGGAGGAAGAUGAAGAGGACGACGACGACGACGACGAUGAGGAUGACGACACAACUGCCGACCCCCUCACGGAAACCUUGUUGCCCAUCAAACUCCACAACAACAACAACAACACGGCCAAAACCAACGGCCAUAUCCUGCUGGGCCCCGACGGACUCCGGGCCAAAUCCGGCACGCCGUCGCCCACGCCGGUGCCGGUGCCGGUGCCGCUGCUCUGCCCAUUGGUGGAGUCUGAGCUCAGCUACACGGACCGCGACAACUCCAUCAGCUCCGGUUAUGAGAUGUACAACGGCGAGCUGGCUGAGCCGGGCUUAAUCAACGGUUCCAGUGAGCGACACCGGGGAACGGAGCCCCGCUUCCCCGACCUGCCCCUGGACCCUGAGCCCGGGGACCCCGUGUUGGUCAGAACAGCAGACGUCGGGGCGGGCCCGUCGCUUAACAGCCCCGCGGCUGACCGCAGCCGCACGGUGUCCUCCUCCAGCACGGGAGACACACCGAAGGUCCGGGCCAGAGCCGCAGACCUGCUGGUCAACCCACUGGACCCCCGAAACGCUGAAACGAUCCGAGUCAAGAUCGCUGACCUGGGCAACGCCUGCUGGGUGCACAAGCACUUCACAGAGGACAUCCAGACGAGGCAGUAUCGCUCCAUCGAGGUCCUGAUAGGAGCUGGUUACAGCACGCCCGCCGACAUCUGGAGCACUGCCUGCAUGGCAUUUGAGCUGGCCACUGGAGACUACCUGUUUGAGCCCCAUUCUGGAGAAGACUACUCCCGUGAUGAAGACCACAUCGCUCUGAUCAUGGAGCUCCUCGGGAAGGUCCCACGCAAAGUGGUCGCCGCUGGGAAAUACAGCCGGGAGUUUUUCUCCAAGAAAGGCGAGCUGCGGCACAUCACCAAGCUGAAGCCCUGGUCUCUGUUUGACGUGCUGGUGGAGAAGUAUGGCUGGUCGCACGAGGACGCCGGCCACUUCACCCACUUCCUCCUGCCCAUGCUCGAGAUGGUGCCCGAGAAGAGGGCGUCAGCUGGCGACUGCCUCAACCACGCCUGGCUCAACUCCUAGCCACACACCCCAGCCGGAAAACAGGAAACCACCCCACCCUCCCGCUCCCCCCACAACCACCACCAUCACCACCUUUACCACCGCGGCCACGUUCAUCCCAACAACGCCUAUACAGCGCUCCCCCCCGGUGGCGGCUUCUGGAACAGCGGAGAGGAGGGCGGCCGCACAGAAACGCAGAGAGAGUCGGAGGAGGAGGUGACGGCGCCAUGGGAUUAUAAGAACACGUACAGCACACAUGCAUGCACAUCUGAGUUGCCCCCCUUUUUUUUUCCCCUUUCCGGUUUUCCACCCCAUAAAAGAAUGUAAAGCUGUCAGACUCGGGCACACUCCCUCCCGUGUUUACCGUCAGGUAGAUGGCGUACUAGCUAGUACCAAGGACUGUGUCUUCCAACACGUCACCCACUGCGUCUACACAGAGGACAUUUUGAUAGCGGCGACGCAGCCGAUUUCUUUGCAGAAAGCCUACGUGAGGUCCCGUCUGACGAAGACGGGGUCUCAGAAAUUCAAAAUUUUUAGCCUCCCCCCCCCCCCACUUCCAUCUGUUGCUCUACCCAUCUCCUCCCAGACAGCUGAAUCGCCGUUUUUACCGGGCAGAACGGACCACGCCGUUGAUCUUUCACGUGACGAGGGGAAAGUCAACGAGCCGUCCCUUUGCGAUGCUGACAGCCAAGAGCUCAAGCUGCCGUGACCUUAACAAAGACGGGGGCCCCAAACUUGAUGGACAAGUGUGUGUGUGCGUGUGUGUGUGCGUGCGUGUGUGCACAUUGCCUUUGCUCCUGCACAAUCAAGGGAGACCCGCCGAACCUGGGCCCCUUCCUCUCUCGCUUCUUCAUGUCCCUCGUCUCCUCGCUCUGUCCAUCUCAAACGGAGGCCAUCCACACAUCCCACACCGUUCAGCAGUUUAACGUUUACACCCCUUCCACCCUAAAUACUUAAAAACUCUCCAGAAGAAAAAAUAAGAUUAAAAAAAAAAAAAAAAGGAAAAAAAAAAAAAGAAGUCUUUUGGUCCCCAUCUGUCCCAGGCCAUGCCAGAUGCGGAAGUCGGACUCCGGCCCUCCAGGGGGCGACAUCUCAAAGCUACCACGCGCUUUUAAAAGAUAGAGGAGCCACGAGAUGGACGGGAACAAAAGCCGGACCGCUUCGCCCGUGACAUUGCUUUUCUGUUGCGCGAUGAUGGAUUCGAAGCGGAAGCACGGGGGAGGCCGACCGACCAUCAUCAGCAUGAGAGGAUUUCUACAAACGGACGCGUGUUUCACUUGUGCUUUUCAUGGACCUUGUGGGGUUCUUCUCUUCUUCAUGGUUAUCUUCUCUGGAACUUUUUUGUUGGGUACAAGAGACAAGGACGUGACUCAGCCAUGUUGGUCUGUGACCCACCCGUCUGGGGAGGUCAAUACUUCAAAACAACAAAAAUUUUAUUUUUUUCCCACCUUUGACAUUCCUGAGUCCCCCCACCCUCACCCCCACCCCUCCAUCAUUCCUAACUUUUAUGAUCCCCUGUUCCCAACCAAGAACAAUCCCCUUGAGUCCUGCUCGGACACGUUUACCGGAUCUGAUUGGUACACGCCCCGCCUCGAUCCAUGAGCUUCUCCAGUGUGUGUGUGUGUG